AUCAGGGCAGCAGGCAGGCGGGAGUUGUGUUGUCCCGAGCUGAUGGCAGUGACUCUUGGCUUCUGCGGAGACGAAGUGUAACUUGACCGUUUGAUUCAUCAUGAAGACGUUUAACAUUCUUCAGGCCUUAUUCCCGCCACUGAGUUUGUACGUGGGAAAAUUAAGCGCAGGAAGAUGUUGCCAGACCAGAGAGUUGGGUCGGUGCCUGUUGGGCCCUGGUGGCUCUUCCUCAGGAUGGGUUGGAGGACCUGCCGAGACAGGGUUGGCUCGCACAUACGUGGCUGGUGGGCAAAUCAUCACCUGCUCUCGUUUGCCUGCUGUGCUCUUUCUGAAGCAGAACUGCCCAGUGUUCAGGAGCAGACUUGUUUCAUGGACCCUAUCUCAAAUCAUUCCAAGGAACACAUUUCCUAGCAUCGUUGAAAGGCAUUGGCAGAGUUUAAGCAGAUGCAUUCACCUGGACAGUGUAGCACACUGUUAGCAGAAUCCCAGUCCUUUCCAGUCAUGGAGCGUUCUUUUGUAAGCACUGAUCUUUAAUACGCUGUGGCUAGAACUCGGCGCUCUUUCUUUGAAGGAACCUCUGAAGAAAUAGUUGUGAGCUCAUGAGCAGAACUUGAGACAUUGACAUUCAUCAGUGAGUUGGGUUACCCUUUAAAGUCAAAUACCCGGAGUUAUAGUUGAGUUGGUAGAAUGUUUGCUCAGAAUGCACGAAGCCCUAGGUCCCAUUUCUGGUACCACAUAAAACCAGGCAUGGUGACACAUGCCUGUAAUCCCAGCACUUGGGAGCCGGAGGCAAGAUCAAAUUCAGAGUCAUCUUUGGCUACAUAAUGAGUUCCAGGCCAACCUGGGAUACACGAGACAUCGUCUUUCUAAAUAAGUACAAUGGUGCUUUGCCCAGUGGUGACAGAGGCAGGAGGAAAAGCAGAUUCGCCCUCUAUAAGCGGACCAAGGCCAACGGCGUCAAACCCAGCACAAUCCACGUGGUCUCCACACCCCAGGCAUCCAAGGCUAUCAGCUGCAAAGGUCAGCACAGCAUAUCCUACACUUUGUCAAGGAACCAGACUGUGGUGGUGGAGUAUACACAUGAUAAAGACACGGACAUGUUUCAGGUGGGCAGAUCAACAGAGAGCCCUAUCGACUUCGUGGUUACAGACACAGUUUCUGGUGGACAGACUGAUGAUGCGCAGAUCACACAGAGCACCAUCUCUAGGUUUGCCUGCAGGAUCGUGUGUGACCGGAGCGAGCCAUACACAGCACGCAUAUUCGCAGCUGGAUUCGACUCCUCCAAAAACAUAUUUCUUGGAGAAAAGGCAGCAAAAUGGAAAAACCCUGACGGCCACAUGGAUGGGCUCACCACCAAUGGAGUUCUCGUGAUGCACCCGCGAGGGGGCUUCACCGAGGAGUCCCAGCCUGGAGUCUGGCGAGAGAUCUCUGUCUGUGGAGACGUGUACACCUUACGAGAGACCAGGUCGGCCCAGCAGAGGGGAAAGCUGGUGGAGAGUGAGACUAACGUCCUGCAAGACGGCUCCCUCAUCGACCUCUGCGGGGCCACUCUUCUCUGGAGAACCGCAGAUGGCCUUUUUCACACUCCCACUCAGAAACACAUUGAAGCCCUCCGGCAGGAGAUCAAUGCAGCCCGACCCCAGUGUCCUGUGGGUCUCAACACCCUGGCCUUCCCCAGCAUCAGCCGGAAGGAGGUGGUGGAGGAGAAGCAGCCCUGGGCAUACUUGAGCUGUGGCCACGUGCACGGUUACCACAACUGGGGCCAUCGGAGUGACACGGAGGCCAACGAGAGGGAGUGUCCCAUGUGCAGGACUGUGGGCCCCUACGUCCCUCUCUGGCUGGGCUGUGAGGCAGGAUUUUACGUUGAUGCCGGGCCCCCAACUCAUGCCUUCACCCCCUGUGGACACGUGUGUUCAGAGAAGUCUGCGAAGUACUGGUCUCAGAUCCCACUGCCUCACGGGACUCACGCAUUUCAUGCCGCCUGUCCGUUCUGCGCCACACAGCUGGUCGGGGAACAGAACUGCAUCAAAUUGAUUUUCCAAGGUCCAGUGGACUGACAUCCUGGACAGCCAUCUACGCGUUAUUAACAAGUUACUGUGAAGAUUUUGCCACUAACUCUAGAUUCUACCUUUUUGUAAUGAUGUUUGUUAAGGGGAAGGCCAACUGGGGUGGGGGAAAAGGAGGGGGGAGGGGUCUGGUUAUGAAACCCAGCAGGAGUUGACAGAUACCACUGUGUUUUGCAUGCUUACAGCAGCAGCGUCGUCACUGAGGUCUGCCUGAUUAAACCUUAAUACCUGUGUAAUAAUUGGAUUUCAACUACCAUGCUUUUAUUUUUAACUUUGGGUUUUUAACCGAGUUUUUUUUUUUUUUUUCCUUUGUAAACUUGGACAAGAUUUUACAUCCUUUUUUUUUUUUAACAAGUGGAGAAGAAAUUUAUCCAACAGAUGUCUCUUAGAAUACAGCCUGCGGUGUCUCUUAAGCACAGGUGGCACACACAAGAUGUGUAGUGGCUGGGAGUAUGGACAGUGGCCAGAAUCUGACCCAUUACCAAAGGGUCAGCUCUGCCGGCCCUUCCGGAAGCACUCAGUAGACAGGAGGCAUAGGCCAGGCACUUGUUUUAAAAACUACAGCUUUUUUUCUCAUUUCUUUUUCUGACUUUGAGAGGAAAAGAAUAUCCAUAUACCAUUUUAUUUAACUUGAGCGGAAUUUAUUUACACAUUUAUCAGAUACUUGGCACGUCAAAGACUUUCCCAUAAAGUUUUAGUCUGCCCUGUUAUUUUUGUUUAAUAUGGGCUGUCUCUCAUCCUCAUCUUACAUGUCAAAAAUGGAUUGAUUAAUUAAUUAAAAUCCAGCAGCUUUUCAAAAUUCAUGAACUGAGGGCGGCAGUGGCGGCAGCAGCAGCCAUGGGCUCGGUGAGGCUGCUGCAGCCAUGGGCAGCUGUGAGCUUGUCCUGGGGACUCUGAUACCAGCUUUAUCUGCAUCCUGGACCCAAGGGAGAUUUAAAGUACGCUUUUACUUUUUAAAGCCACUUGUUGGCACUUCGUAGUGUGGCUCCCCCCCUCCCCCCAACCGCCUCUUCCUCGUCCUUUUUUAGAAAGCUAAAUUUUGUGAGCCCAGCAGCAGCCAAUGACAGUGAGAUGGUCGCUUGGGUCUGCUGCCUCCCACCAUCUGUCACCUUCCCUUUCAGGUUAAGGAGCCCCGCGAGUUUUCAAAUGUUUGCGAAUCAAAUUAAAUUUAAAUGUGAUCAUUAGACACACAGAGCGCUGAGUGGGGCAUCUGCAGAAAUCAUUUGAAAUUCCUGAUUUUGAGAAAGAGCUAGUGAGUGUUCACUGAGAAAGAAUUCAAUCGGAAUUUCAUAUGAGUCGUGCUAACCCUCUCUGCUGGUUUCAUGUUGUGUUAAUUAAUGAUUCCUCAGUACUCAUUUUCUGUGUUUGCUGCCAGGGCUAUUGUGGCUCCCAGAAUGUAGACACUCUUGGGCUUAGCUCUGUUCCACCCAUUCCCAGUGAGCAAGUCUUCAGUUAUACUAACCUCUGCUUAAAUGGACCAUCCACAGCUGUGAGCUGCCUGUUUUAGCUUUCGUAAAUAUGUAUAAUUUAUGUAAGUCUGAUGAUAUACUAUGUCCAUACUUGAACUGGUCUUUCCAAUUUGCAGAUAUUUCGCCUGCUUGCAGAUAUUUUGCCUAUUUCAGCAAAUUAAACCUAUUUGAGUACUUUUUCUUAAAAACAAAAAGGUAUAUUAAUUACUCUUUAAUGCUGCUGCAUAAUUUGACCAAGUAUGCUGGAUUUGCUUGUCAGUUUUUAAAUAGCUUUAUUUCCCAUGGAGACCAUUGUGUAGGAAGAGGGAUUUUUUUGUCUUGUUUUAAUUAUAUUUAUGAUGUGGAAAUCCAACCACAGACUUCUUUUAGUUAGUUUCCUCUCUUCUACAUAGAUUACCUACAAACAAAACAGAAAUGAAGAAAAAGAACUUUCUGGAAAAACCUAUUGGAUGCCAUCUGGUUUUCAGAGAAGGAUAAAGGGCGCAUGCCUUCCCGCCUCUUGUUUUAUGGAGAUAGCUUAAGGAUUCUUGAUACCCUAGGAUUAUCUUCUAAGAUAAAGGGUGUUACACCCAGAAAGGUUGAAUUUCACCUAUCAAAAUAAAUAAAUAAAUAAGCUUUUAUUUUUCAAGGACAUUCCACUCAGAUAUCAGACUUCUCUGUGUCAAGGAUGUGUAAGGCUGCUAGUUCUGCGCAUGACACAGGCCCACAAACCAGGGGGGCACCCGACCUUCAGAAUCCAUGGCAUCGCAGACUCAGACAGCUCAAGUGCAAACUGAAACCCGGUCAGGAAGCGCCAGCUCCUCAGUGGCGGUAGGCCACCCGCGUGUGUCGUUUCCUUUGGUUUCCAGGUGGGGAAUAGCAAGGGUGUCACACCUGCAAGGGAAGCCUGCUGACUCUGAGAAGGUCACCUUCUACUGAGGGAAGAGUUUUCAAGUCUGAGAGCAAUUGAAUGUUUAAGAAUAGAGAACUAGUUCAUCCAUGUAGAAUGACAGAAUUGAGAAAAGGAAACUCCCCCGGGGUCACCUCUGUUUUCAUGCUUCACUGCCAUCACAUUUAAAGGAUGGAUACACACACACACACACACACACACACACACACACACCACCCCCACCCCCUACACACACAUGUACAUAAGGAAAUCACCAACCACUUGCCCCGUCUCAGCCUGACCAGUUAGUUGCCUUUUUCAAAUAGGUUUUUAGAAGUAAACCUAGUUACAUGCUUCCAUAGAUAAUAGGUUUUUUCAGUUCUUUGUGUCAUUUUGUUACAAAAAAAAUUAAAAAAGGAAGAAAAGAAGAAGAUUCAGAGUGAAGAGGAUACAGCUCUGAGUAUUUUUUCUAGGGUUUUAUUAUUAUUGAUCAGUGCUGCUGGGUCAUACACACUGCAGCUCUCCACAUUUCUCUGAUUUCGUUCAGCUUUUUGCAAAAAAAAAAAAAAGGGCUACAGUUCACACUGCGGAGUAAGUAUUACACUUUCUGGGUCCUCCCCCCAACACGUCUGUGGCCCAAAAGAAUUAAAAUCUUUUAAUAUAAAUAGAGAGCAUAUUUAUAUCAUUCCUCAAUAGUUAAUUAUAGGGUUUGGUACCUUUGUGCCUCAGGGAAGCCAUGUGAUGUGACUGGUAAUAGACUUUCAGGGUUAGGGUAUAGAGAAAGGAGAAAGCCAUGGGAAAAUGUGAUGGGCUCCGUUAAGGAGACUAAUUAAUCUAGUGCAGAACUAUGCCGGGACCGGCAUAAAGUGAUUGUAGUAAUCUGUUUCCCAGGACUAGUAGGGAAAUCGUUUUAAGUUAUUACAUAUACUGUAUUAGGAGAGUUGAGAACUCUUCAUAAAACAUCGAUGCCUCUUAUUUUUACUUACCAAUCUGUUAUUAGGAGCUCAGUAUUGCUAUUUGAACACUUUUAAGAGUCUAGGGGACACAUUUUCUACAUAAGUGUAUUAAAGGUUGUUCCGUGAUUUCACUCAACUUUCCUUCUUCUCGGGAGCUGUUCUUUUCUUUGGAUGUAGAUGAGAGGUGGGUUAUCAACUCUCUCAGUGUUGUUUUCAUGCAGUCUUGCCUCUCACAGUGGAAAUGCAGACGGACAGGCCCCAGGGCCUUGAUUUCAAGCCAGAUGGGGUUCUGUUCCCUUGGCUGUCAGUCUCAUGACCCCAUAGUUCUGCCUUUAUGUACUAAGGGUCUGAAGCUCCUGCUGUGGUGAGGAGCACAAGACACAGCUCCAGUCAUGACAUUAGGACCCAAGGCCAGUGAGAUAACUUGAGAAUAUUUUUAGAAGAAGCGAAGCAUUACUGAAGAGGUUAAACAGUUCUGUCUUGUCUUUUUAGUAAUAUGUCCUCACAAGUGUCUGCCCUCAUGAUUCCAUAGUGAACAAUAGGGAAAAACAGUAUAUUUUCCAUUCAGCUUAACUUUCUAAACAAAAAUCAAUGUGCUGAAAGGGAUGUUCUAUCUUUUAAGCUGAGAUCACAGAUUGCUUCUCUGUAUUAAGAAAUCUAGAAAUAGGGGGCUGGUCAUAUUUACCAUAUAUAGUGUUAUAAGCAGUUAAAUUUUAUGGCUAUAUUUGUAAAAUUUGUUCUUUUCUAUUUCAUGUCAAAUUGAAAAAUUUAUUUCUUCACUGUUGUACUUGUGGAAAUACAAGCCAUUUUACAGGAAAAAAACCUUCAAAAGCUAUUAAACAAAUCUUACCUUGUUUGUAAGUCGUCUUCAGCUCUGUUGUUAGACCCGCUUCAUCAAGAGGACGUGGAUAGAAAAGUAGACUUGAUGUGUACAUUUCCUGAACUCCCACACGAAUCCCAAACAAACGGGUUGAUUGUUGUUUUAUACUCUGCACACUGCAUACUUAAAUCUGUGUUCUGAAAAAUUCCCACAAUUUUUUAUUAAAUUCCAUUGGUGCUCAUAUUACUAUCUCUUGUGACAUUUUAUCACUGUCAAAUAAAUGUAACUUGUAGGAAAAUUUAA